AUGGGCAAUGCUAUAUCCUCCUGCUGCAAAGGGCGACCCAAGGAUAACCUCUACGAGCCUGCCCUCGCCGACAGUGAGCGUGAAGCCGUUGCAGAUCUUUUGCAAUAUCUGGAAAAUCGUGCCGAGACAGAUUUCUUUUCCGGCGAACCUCUACGAGCCUUGAGCACGCUGGUGUAUUCGGACAAUGUCGAUCUUCAAAGAAGUGCCAGCCUCACAUUCGCUGAGAUCACCGAACGCGAUGUAAGAGAAGUCGAUCGCGAUACACUCGAGCCCAUCUUGUUCUUGCUCCAGAAUCCAGAUAUCGAGGUCCAGCGAGCCGCAAGUGCCGCACUCGGUAACCUUGCAGUCAACACCGAGAACAAAGUUGCCAUUGUCCAACUCAGCGGACUCCCUCCCCUGAUUCGACAAAUGAUGUCCCCCAAUGUCGAAGUUCAAUGCAAUGCUGUCGGUUGUAUCACAAAUUUAGCAACUCACGAAGAUAACAAGGCCAAAAUCGCCCGCUCAGGAGCACUAGGGCCUUUGACUCGAUUGGCAAAAUCAAAAGACAUGCGGGUGCAGCGCAAUGCUACCGGCGCACUACUCAACAUGACACAUUCAGACGACAACAGACAGCAGCUUGUCAAUGCCGGUGCAAUUCCAGUGCUCGUUCAGCUUCUCUCCUCCCCCGACAUGGACGUCCAAUACUACUGCACCACUGCCUUGAGCAACAUUGCUGUGGAUGCUUCAAAUCGAAAGAAGCUUGCCCAGACCGAGUCACGCCUAGUUCAGUCCUUGGUUCAGCUCAUGGACUCUGGAACCCCCAAAGUCCAAUGUCAAGCCGCCCUUGCCCUUCGAAACCUUGCUUCUGACGAGAAGUACCAGCUGGAGAUCGUCCGAGCUAGAGGCUUGCAACCCCUUCUACGACUUCUUCAAUCUUCAUAUCUACCACUAAUUCUAUCUGCUGUCGCAUGCAUUCGGAAUAUCUCCAUUCAUCCCUUGAACGAAUCCCCUAUUAUCGACGCAGGCUUCUUGAAGCCCUUGGUGGAGUUACUUGGAUCCACCGACAAUGAAGAGAUUCAGUGUCACGCCAUCUCAACUCUUCGAAACUUGGCAGCAAGCUCUGACCGCAACAAACAACUGGUACUAGAAGCUGGGGCGGUGCAAAAGUGUAAAGAAUUGGUUCUCUCUGUUCCACUGAGUGUCCAGUCCGAGAUGACAGCUGCCAUUGCUGUUCUGGCAUUGAGUGACGACCUCAAAUCCCAUCUCCUGAACUUGGGAGUCUUUGAGGUUCUCAUCCCAUUGACAGAUUCGGAAAGCGUGGAAGUUCAGGGCAACAGUGCCGCUGCCCUAGGCAAUUUGUCUUCCAAGGUCGGCGACUAUUCAAUUUUCAUUCGCGAUUGGUCCGAACCCAAUGGUGGCAUUCACGGCUACUUGAGGCGAUUCUUGGCCAGUGGCGAUCCUACCUUCCAGCAUAUUGCAAUCUGGACGCUAUUGCAGCUAUUGGAGUCUGACGACAAGAAGCUGGUGAGCCUGGUCGCCAAGGCCGAAGACAUCAUUCAGAUGGUCAAGACGAUUGCUGAGAAACAUGUCGAGUCUGAUGAUGAGGAUGGCGAAGAAGGUGAAGGUGAAGUAAUUGCAUUAGCCCAGAGAUCCUUGGAAUUGCUUGGGAAAGGACCGAAGCAGACUCUUGUGGAAGGCUGA